ACUGUCGCAGCAUCCAAGCUGCAGCGCGCUGUUAAAAGUCUAUAAUAAAUAGCAUUAAAUUAAUAAAAACUUAGCCAAUCAUUUGUUUAACAAAGGUGCAGCAUCAGUUUAACAAUAACAUGUGGGGCGUGGGCUGCUACCAAAGCAAUUAAGUGGAAGUAUGCCAGGCGUGCAUAUUUAAAAGGACUAGCAAGGACAUUCGAAGCAAUAAAAUGGAGUUACACUGGCCCAGCAAUUCGAUGCUGCUGCUGCUCGCAGCGCUGCUAUUGAUUAACUCAGUCGGUGCAUCCGAAGACGAAGAGCGCCUGGUGCGUGACCUCUUUCGAGGCUACAAUAAACUUAUACGACCCGUACAGAAUAUGACACAAAAAGUUGGAGUAAGAUUUGGUUUGGCGUUCGUACAGCUAAUCAAUGUCAAUGAGAAAAAUCAAAUUAUGAAAUCAAACGUUUGGUUACGUUUGGUUUGGUACGACUAUCAGCUACAGUGGGACGAGGCUGACUACGGCGGUAUUGGCGUAUUGCGUCUGCCACCGGAUAAGGUUUGGAAGCCGGACAUUGUGCUCUUCAAUAACGCUGAUGGCAACUACGAGGUGCGCUACAAGUCCAACGUGCUCAUCUAUCCGACGGGUGAAGUGCUCUGGGUGCCGCCGGCAAUCUAUCAGAGCUCCUGCACCAUUGACGUCACCUACUUUCCCUUUGAUCAGCAGACGUGCAUUAUGAAGUUUGGCUCUUGGACCUUCAAUGGCGAUCAGGUGUCACUCGCGCUCUACAACAACAAGAACUUUGUGGAUCUGUCCGAUUACUGGAAAUCAGGCACAUGGGACAUUAUCGAAGUGCCCGCCUAUCUGAAUGUCUACGAAGGCGACAGCAAUCACCCCACAGAAACGGAUAUUACGUUCUAUAUUAUAAUACGUCGCAAGACUUUGUUCUACACGGUCAACUUGAUUCUACCCACGGUGCUUAUCUCAUUUCUCUGCGUGCUCGUCUUCUAUCUGCCCGCCGAAGCCGGCGAGAAGGUUACACUGGGCAUUAGCAUUUUGCUGUCACUGGUUGUGUUCCUGUUGCUCGUAUCCAAAAUCUUGCCGCCCACUUCGCUGGUGCUGCCGCUUAUAGCCAAAUAUCUGCUGUUCACCUUCAUCAUGAACACCGUGUCCAUUCUGGUGACGGUCAUCAUCAUCAACUGGAAUUUCCGUGGUCCGCGCACACAUCGCAUGCCCAUGUGGAUACGUUCGGUGUUUCUGCACUACUUGCCCGCCUUUCUGCUGAUGAAGCGUCCGCGCAAGACACGCCUACGCUGGAUGAUGGAAAUGCCGGGCAUGAGCAUGCCGGCGCAUCCGCAUCCCUCCUACGGCUCGCCCGCUGAGCUGCCCAAGCAUAUUAGCGCCAUUGGCGGCAAGCAGUCGAAGAUGGAGGUCAUGGAGCUGUCCGAUCUGCAUCAUCCCAAUUGCAAAAUCAAUCGCAAGGUCAACAGCGGCGCCGAGCUAGGCCUGGGCGACGGCUGUCGACGUGAGAGCGAGUCUUCCGAUUCCAUUUUACUGUCCCCAGAGGCCAGCAAGGCCACCGAGGCGGUGGAGUUUAUAGCAGAGCAUCUGCGCAACGAGGAUCUCUACAUACAGACGCGUGAGGAUUGGAAGUAUGUGGCCAUGGUCAUUGAUCGACUGCAGCUGUAUAUAUUCUUCAUAGUGACUACAGCUGGUACAGUGGGCAUUCUAAUGGAUGCACCACAUAUAUUUGAGUACGUGGAUCAGGAUCGCAUCAUCGAAAUCUAUCGUGGCAAGUAAAUGGGCGCCACCUUUUUUCAAAUUCAAAGGCAAAAAGUUAAACAACAAUAAACGAAAGCUUAAUGAGAAGUAUAAAGCGGGAUUUUUAGAUUUUAAUAAUAACAAUUAGUAAAUUAAACAAACAAAAGUUAAACAGCAGCAAAAACGAAAACCCUUACUAAACACAAAACGCUUAAACAACUAGGCAUAGUACACAUUUAUAACAAAUAACAAACGCCAUAAAAUUGUUAAAGGACGCGUUCAACUAGAGGAAUUGUGCAUUAACAUUUGUUUAAUAUGUAUAACGCGCAUAAUUUAUAAUUAAACUAAAUAUGAGAAUGAAUUUAAUUUCCGCAAAACUCUGUUAUAUGCUAGACACUUAAGUAAGCAACCAAAAGUUUAAUAAUACAAGUUUGUAAAUGCUUCAGGCAACACUCACACCAACACAUACACACAGAUACACACACACACACACAC